GGCUGCUAAAUAUAAGACCAGAUAGCACCAUUGGAAAGGAUGUCAAAGAUAGUCUCCAUACAAUACAGCCCUCAGAGAUGGCGCGAACUCUCACACGAUAGACCUGAUUUUAAUACCACAGGACAAUCAUUUAAUCGAAUGACUCCAACUAAAAUAGUUACGAUUAAAUUUGAAUCUAGAGCAGCAUCAAGAGAAUCAAGAUCUUCAUCCCCAAGAAAGGAGGUAGUUCUGUCGGUCAAUUUACAAAAAAAGGAAGAUAGCAAGGAGCCUAGUCCUUCGGUUGGUAGCUUCAGUCGUAGUAGCUCACCCAAUGUAGAAGAUUCAAUUCGAGCUAUGUCCAUGUAUCAACAAUUUUCAUCGGAUGGAAAUGUAGAAGAGGUUGAACAACAAUGGAUAAAUGACAUCACACACGUUGCCAAAAGGCUACAUUUUCUCAGGGAAUCGUAUAGAGUGGUACAAAGUAUUCAUAGGAAGAAAAUUGCCGGUAAGGCAAUUGAAGGAGAAGUAAAUAAUACAGAGGGUGAAGAAGUUGAACGAGAAAGACAAUCAGGAAAUAUUGCAGAUUUAAAGGCUACAACUGUUGAUGAAGAUGAAGAUAUUGGCCGUAGUGAAAUUGCAGAACUUGCAGAAGAAGACGAUGAUGAUAUUUUACCGCCAUCUAGCCAAGGUAUUGUAGACAUCGAUACAACUGAUACGGAUACUCCACAAUGAACACUUAAUUGAAGCAUGAAGAAAACAAAUACAAUAUAUAUGCCAUUUCUUUGGAAAAGAAAUAGUUGUAUAGUGAGAGAUUAUACCAGAGAGACUGAAGAUUCAGACAAUCAGGUGAUUGAUUCUCAAUAUGAGAAGUGACACCGUUAUAAUCUUAGACGGUACAUACAAGUAUCUUAGAUUUAUGUGAGCUUCACUUGACGUGAAAGGAGUAGUCAAACAAUAAUAAAAUCAUUCGAAAGCACAGGUCUAGUGUGUUACGACAUUAAACAAUGCAAGACAAAAAGAAGACGGCUACUAAUUAAUUAAAGAACUAUAAUACAAUACAUGAUAAUGACAGACUAUAAUUAACGGACAUAUAGAUACAUUGUUAAAGGAAGUGAAUUAUCCAGUUGUCG